AGAGAAUUGGGUUCGUCUUUUCGGUUGAUUUUUGCAGCUGUUUUUUGGGUAUAUGCAUAUUGCAUUGAGAGGCAUCUAAUUGAUUUUGGUUUGGGGUUUUCAUUGGAAUCUGUAAUUGUAUAUUAGAGAAUUAGGAUGCUUUGCAUCAGACAGAUGCGUUGCGCAAUCAUUGCAGUAACUGUUAAAAUUUCUGGCCUUGUAUGAGUGUAGGGUGUUUGGGUGCUGAGAAAGUUGAGGAAUUGUGUGAGAUUCUAGAUUUUCGACAUAAGUUUUUCUGUUGGAAAUUAACUAACAGUUUACCAUAUAGAUGUUCCCUGUCUUUUCCCUUUCUAGUUUCUACCUUAUAUUGUAAAUAAAAUUAAUGGGCAGUUGUCGGAACAACGCCUUUACCAAUGGUGAUUAAUACAUAUCUGAAUUUUCAUACAUUUGUUUUUGGUGGCGUGUGAUGGAACUUUAUGCUUUCCGAAUGCUAAGGUUUCGCCUUAUGAUAGGACAUGUGGUAGUCCCUUCGAGUGUUCUUGAAAUUUGAAUGGAUUAUCGACUACAUAACAAUAUCAGUGCAUUAGAGGGUUUAUGGCUUUGGCUAUAAAGUAUAAACCAUCUGAAUCUAUAUGAUGAGUAGUUGAAUACAGGUGCCCUGGGAUAAAGUGAAGUGUAAGAGUUGGAACAUUAUAUUUAAGGACAUAUGCAGAUGCUCGGGAUUCUGACCUUCUGACACAUUUUCCCUUCAUAAAUUAAGGAUGGUGCAGGAAAAGAAGAUAAAGGAUGGUAGAUUGCUUAUUCAAGGAGUUUCUUUAUUAUUAACUCUAUUUUCUAGUGCUUACCUACCAAGGGAGAGUGCUUUUCUUGCAAUAAGACUUCAAUAUUGAGGCUUAUUUCAUUGAAUUGAUUGGAGAAUGGAUCGAGUCAAGUGCUCUUGACAAUUGCAGGGUCGGUUCAUGCCAGCCAGUUUGUGAUGCAAAUUGACAUUCAAGUGAAGUGCACUCUGAAGAAAAUGGAGAGUCUACAGAAAAGAAUACCAAAAGGAUACUCAAGACGCCAGCCCAGAUUAUGGCUUUGGAGAAAUUUUAUAAUGAGCACAAUUAUCCCACUGAGGAAAUGAAAUCUGAACUUGCAAAGCAGAUAGGGUUGACAGAAAAACAAAUAUCUAGUUGGUUCUGCCACAGAAGGUUGAAAGACAAAAGAUUAUCAAAGGAUGAAGCUCUUGACAAAAGAUUGUCAAAGGAUGAAACAUUUGAUAGAAGAUUGUCAAAGGAUGAAACAUGUGCUAUUGGCCGACAGGAUCGAUCCAGUGGUAUUAUUCAGGAUCGUGGGAGUGGUUUAUGGCAAGAUUCUUGUGGCAGCACUAAACAAAGUGAUUAUAGGAAAGUUGAUCUAAAGGAAGUUGAAAGUCAAAGACUUUAUGGCCACAGUCUUUCUGCUGCUGAUGUCACCUAUGAUCAUACAAGUCGAUACACAGGGAAAGUUAAUGGCAUGGAUGAUACAUCCUCAGAAAGUAGCUCAUCUUUGCAGGAUAAGUUAUUUUCUCAAAGUGAAGAUCCUCAUGAUAUGAAAACUUCUAGCUACAUAACGCAGAAUGGAGCUAGCAGACCAUUAAUUCCCAAGGGUGCCAAUAACAUGGGGUAUAAGCCAUCAGGCUAUUUGAAAGUAAAGGGUGAAAUUGAAAAUGCUGCCAUUACUGCUGUCAAAAGGCAAUUGGGCAAACACUAUAGGGAGGAUGGUCCACCACUUGGUGUUGAAUUCCAGCCGCUUCCUCCUGGAGCAUUUUCAUCCUCAAAUAGGGAUGCAGUCAAUGGAGUAGCCUACUGUGUUGGAAAUCUUGCUAGAAUUCAUUCUCCUGAAGUUUCUGGAGUUCAUAAGCAAUCCAGUAUCAUCGGUAGACAUGGAAUAUAUAGUUCCAAGGUGAGUUCUCAGGAUUCAUAUAUGAAAGAGCCAAACUGUAACCUCAAAUAUGCAUCUGAUUCUCAUGAGAAGAAAUCUCACCACCGAUUAAAAAAGAAAGCUAGUUCUUGCAAUUUUUCCAAUUCUACCCCUGGUGGGAAGUCUGCCAUGGAUAAAUGUGAUGAUCUUGCUGCUGAAAUUUCUGUUCAUAGCAGCAAAAGAAAUUAUAAGUUGAACUCUAAGCAUGCUGUUGAAGCCAUAAGACCAGAUACUGUUUCUAACGAUCAUCAUCCUGACGGUGGUAAAGUUAUCAGUGAGCAGACAGAGCAUUGGCUGCAUGACUAUGGCAAUGGCAGCCCUAACGUUGUUCAAAACAAUGAUUAUAUGUCUAAGUCUUCAAAUUUGAUCCCUGGGUCCAGUAAAUCUCUUGACACACAGGAGAGAGUUCUAUAUACAAGGAUGGCAAAGGAGAAGCUUUGUGGAGAAAUGAAGGGCACAAAAGAAUAUCAAGACACAGUUAGAGUUUCAAAGCGAUUCAGAUCUGAGUUCUUUCAGCAAGAUUAUGUGACAAAAGCAGCAUUUCCUAAUGUGCCCCGAAACACUUCAAAUAAAGGGUUCGUACAAACUUCUGCACUGCCUUAUAUAAAUGCACUCUUCUUUAUGUGUCACUGUGCAUGGACAUGUGCAUAUAUGGCAAUUUUGCCUGUCAAUCUUUGAUAUGCUUUGAUUGGUUUUUGAGUAAAGCCUAUAGCGAAUCAUCAACUUUCCCAUCAGGGAGAAUUUGGAGCUUUAUUAGUUCCCAUGGUAUAUUUAGCCAGUAUUUUAAUUUCCAAAAUAAGUUGGUGGAAAGCUGUGAUUUUGUUGAUAGUCAUGUGGUUUAGUUCUUUCUUUAUUUCUUUAAAAGUUGCAGUAGCUCACAUGGUGAAGUCCUACUGCUGUUUUGCUGAAAAAAAUGGGAGAAAGCAUCCAACUAUUUUGUUUCAUCCUCAUACUGUACUGAGUCCUGACAGCUGUAUGCUUCUUGUCACGAUGGCUAAUUUGAAUAGAAUUACUAUGAGUAUUACGGAGGAACAUGGUCACUGGGUUGCAUAAUCCCAGACCAUCCUUUAGGCCUUUCUCCUUUGGAGAGGUAAGUGAAGAGAUUAGCGGGAUUGAGAUGCAAAUAUGACCACAUAUUACCGUAGUACAACUACUUUGGGAAAUGUUUACAUUUAUCUAGAAAAUAUAACAGUUGGCUCUGCUUUCACUGAUGUACAAAAAUUUUCAGAAUGUUCAACAGGCAAUGAGAGGUUACAUUUUCCUGGAAAUAUGCUCUACCUCUUGAUGAAUAUAUUAUCUUAAUUAUAUUUGGUGUGCAGCACUUGUCAAUUUUAUUUCUGUCCUAACUGGCUGAUCACAUAGCAAGACUUGGGUCCAUUUCGUCCUGUUAGAUUGACAGAACAUCUGCCUACUGGACCAACAUUGUAGCCUUACAAAGAGUAGGUUUAUGCAUUUGAGAUGGGAGAUUAUUAGGCACUCCUUGUGAAUUGCUUCUUCACUCACACACACGUGGGAUCCAUCUCAGAAUUUCAGAUGGUCCCACAUGUAUGAGUGCAAAGUGCAAGUGUUUGUAGAAGAGGUUGCAUUAUUUUGUUGACUUCACCCACACCUACAGCCACACACUAAUCUCUCAUUUGAAAUUGACUUCUGGUAAUGCAAGAUAUAACUUGUAGUGUUUAGGGUGCAUGUUUUGAGUGUUCUACCUGUUGAUUGUCCUCGGUGAUAAGUUAAUCAUCAUCUCAUUAGAAGGAGCUCUUAACCCUUAGACUAGCUAAUGACAGAGAGUCUUAGAUCUCAAAUAUAUUUGUUAUUAAUCUACUUGUUUUAUUAAAUAACCACUUAUAUAGUGGAGGUUCAGACAAUCGUACUACUUCUUAUUAAAGUAAAAGUUUAAUAUAAGCAGUUAAAUAAAAAACUACUAAAAUAAGAUAAUGAAUAUGUAAUAACAAACUAUAAAGUAAUAUGCGAUAAAAAAAAACUACUAGAUAAAGGCAAUCUAUUUUUUACUAAUAAAAUGUAAUCUUAGUUCUUCGCAAAUUGGAUUAUGUUGAAGAAUGAAUUUGGUUUAUCCAUUAUCCAUACCAAUCAUUCUUUCAUCACCUGAGUUGUUUACAGAACGGCAAAUAUUCGCUUUUAAUUACUGCCGGAUAGGGAUCUGUGCCUGAAAUUUUCAACUUAUCUUUCAAAUCUGCUAAUGCAUCCUGGGUUUAUGUACUUCAUAGAUCUGCCAUGGAGAGGCCAUCCAGUUUCAGUGAGGAUGAAACUGCAGAAACCAAUUCUUCUGUGGAUUGAAGAGUUGGCAGUCGAUAGAUUGCGGAAAGGGACAAUGGGUUUCUGAGAUCACCUCCUAGGUAGACUGGAGCACCCAUUUUCACUAGACAAAGGUGGUAUAACUUUGUACAAUUGGAAGAGGAUGUGUUUUAUAUUUGCUAACGUGGAAAGCUCUUAUGAACAUUGCUAUAUGGAGUGAAGUUUUUAGCUCAUUGGCAACGAGUAGUUGUUGUCCUCUAAGAGGCAGCUGUAUAUACCCUGUAUAAUUCUUUUUCACUAUGACUCUUAGGAAGAAAAUGUAUUCUGAUUGUAAAUCUAAUUAAUUAACCUAUAUAUAUGGUAGAAGACAUUGAUCACAUAGCAAUCAUGAAUCCAUUCUCUCUCUCUGAAUUUUUUCUAAUGUAACUUUGUAUUCUGUCAAA